AUGCCUACAAAAUUAUCAGACUUUAGACCUAUAGUUGUAUUGUCCGUGAUCUAUCGUCUAUUUUCUUCUAUUAUCAACAAACAAUUCAUGAAUGUCCUUGAAGAGGCUAAUUUAAUCCACACUGCGCAACGAGGAUUCAUGAAAAAAGGUUCAACAUUAGAACACCUUAUCAGUCUUCGGACUGCCUUAGCAUACAAAUAUCAGCACAAACAAGAAGUAUUUGCUAUGGCUCUGGAUAUCAAAAAUGCUUAUGGAUCAGUAAUCCAUAAAAGAUUUAUCAGCAUUCUCAAGAAACAUGGUUUCCAUAGCUCUGUCAUUAAUCUCUUGACAUCCAUGAUCUCCAAUAGCGUUAUGAAAGUACUAGUCAACGGAUUUCUAUCCUCCCCUUUCGAUGCGAAUGUUGGAGUUCCGCAAGGCGAUCCUUCAAGCCCGGCAUGGUUUAAUCUUUAUAUUAACUCCUCAACUAACAUACAAGAAAAGCUUAAAGGAGUUCAAAUAUUUAAUAUUACCAUCCUUUUAUUAUUAUAUGCCGAUGAUAUUAUAUUGAUAGCUAAUACUAAGAUCGAAAUGAAUUCCUCUCUAAAAAGCCUCGGUUGUGAAUUAAAGAAAAUAGGACUCGCUUUAGCUUCCAAGAAAUGCAAGCUCUUAGCUAUUACAGCCAAAGCCAAACUAUCUAAGGCCCUAGUCACUAUUGGACAGGAUAUAAUUGCCACAUCUUCUUCUAUUGAAUAUCUUGGGGGUAUAUGUACCUUUAAGAAUUAUUUUUCUUGGUCCUCUGAUAAUCCAAUCAACAAAAUCUCGAAUCAACUGGCAUCAACUAAAACUUCUAAUCUAUAUCUCAACAGCAUCACCACUACAUUAAUGUCCAAAAUCAUAUCUUUGCCUAGAUAUGCCUGUAGUUUCAAUGGAAUCAAUAAGAAUUCUCUAGACAAAGCAGAUAUUAUGGUUGCUAAUUUUGUCAGAAAGGCUAUUGGAUUAGAUUACAUUAUCAAAAUCAGUCAUUUUUAA